AUGAACGACUUUUGGCUGCCCAAGUCGAACAACAAAGAUGCUAAUCAUCUCUUGUUUCUCUCACGAGGAUUUCUCAUCGCUAUCAUUUUAUUCAUAAGAACGGAGUCGACUGGUAUCAAAAACGACUCAGAACGGCUGGAAAAUCGUGCAUCCCAAAUCGAAGUACGUUUAGAAGACACGGUCCGCGCAAUAGAAGCUAACGAACGUGCACAACGAUCGUUGAGCUUACGUGUGUAUGGGUUUGAUUACACGCGCUGCAAAAUCCCAAGAGCCGACGAUCAGGAUAACUUUGAUGUUAUUAGCGCAGCUGAUCUUCUUCGAAAGCUAAUGGUGGAAGGUUAG